CGUCAGGGACUCGUGAAAUUCUCGACAGUUGAAAAUUUUUCGUCGUACUCUCAGAACAACAAAGCAGCGACAAGUCGUCCGACAGCAGCAACAUGUCCGCCUAUAAGCUGGAGACCGCCCCCUUCGAUCCGCGUUUCCCCAACCAGAACGUGACCCGCUACUGCUACCAGUCGUACAUCGACUUCCACCGCUGCCAAAAGAAGCGCGGCGAGGACUUUGCUCCCUGCAACUACUUCCAGAAGGUGUACAAGUCGAUGUGCCCCAACGCCUGGGUGGAGAAGUGGGACGAUCAGCGCGAGAGCGGCACAUUCCCAGGCCGCAUCUAAGUACGGUCCGGCCACCUCAUCCAAAACACCCGAACCAGAAACAGAAGCACACGCAGAGAAGCAACACGAUCGGUGGACGAUGGGCGUAGAGCGGCGCAAGGGAGGAGGCAAAGGAGGACAGGAGGUUGUCUAGCGUCCCAGCCAUUGCAACAAUUCCUAGACAGAAUAGUUUCAUGUAUGUGCUUUCCCGAGCGGUGAAUGAAGACCAUCAUCGACAAAUACAAAAACAAAUACACAAUUGUUCAAUUCUGUGAAUUCUGAA